AUGAUGUCAAAAUUCUCGACCUUUCUCCUCCUUCUCUCCCUGCUUUUUUGCCUAUCUUCCUGCCACGAGAACUGGGAGGAACUGGCGGCGGAUUCGACGACAACUACCGAUUCUUCGACGACCUCUUCCGAUGCUUCCACCUCGACCACCACCGCCGUUCCGUGUCAAGAUGAUCCGUCGACGGACUGUACCCAAUACAAGUCUCUGUGCUCCAACGACAAAUGGGCUCCGUUGCUGAAGCAGUUCUGUCCGGUCACGUGCAAUUUGUGUCCCGGAGCCACUACCGUCGCCACCACCGCCAAUCCACGUUGCUACGAUUCUUCGUCAAAGUGAGCAAUCCAAACGGAUCCACUCAUAUUCUCCACUUUUUCAUUUUCAGUUGCGUCAACUGGGCCAACAACGGAUACUGUAACAAUUGUUUCUACACGUGCGCCCAACGUACUUCCUAUUGCGCCAAAACGUGCGGAUUCUGUACGCCCGGAUCUUGUGUCGAGUGCAAAAAUCCAAUUUUGAGUCUUGUCAAUAAACAUUGA